CUCCACCAGGCAGAUGUGGACCUCAACUGGAGAGUGGAGUUUGACAGGGGUUAGUUACCCACGCCAUGGCAGCAGAGUCAGUGAAAUGUUUGUGUAUGUGGCUGCUGUUGUGCCUCUGUGUCCGGGCGUUCGRGACMAAAAACACCCGACUUUCUGCAAACGAUGACAUCCUCCGACCGUAUACCCACGGACACGGCCCCGACCACUCUCACCGCUACGUCAGAGAUUGUCAACCUGUCAUUUAUGGCGACAGCACCCAUGAGAGUCGGCGCUCCAGUAGCAACAGUGAACAGCCGGUUGCUGAGUCUAGGAUGUUUGUGACAGAUGUGCAGGUUGUGAAUGGACGCACCAGAUGGGUUUAUGGCCACAUGACUGUAGUUCAUGACCCRUUGAGGACGGUGUCUGUGCUGGAGCCGGGAGGGCCGGACGGCUGCAGGAUGAAUCACAAAGUGUCUGUGGAGGAGACGGCUGGAGCUGCUGGGUGUGUCUAUGCCCAAAACGCUGGCUUCUUCAACACGGCGUCAGGCAAGUGUCUGGGAAACGUGGUGAGCGACGGCCGGCUGGUACGGCACAGUGGCGGGGUGCAAAACGCCCAGUUUGGAAUCAGGAAGGACGGCACUCUGGUGUUUGGGUAUCUGUCAGAGCAAGAUGUUUUAGACCAGUCCAACCCCUUCGUCCAGUUGGUCAGUGGUGUCAUAUGGCUGCUGAGGAACAAUGAGAUUUAUAUAAACGUCAGUCUGGAGGCUGAAUGCAACAAGACCCAGGAGACAGGAUCCUUAAAGUAUUUUGCUGAUGUGGUAUCAGCCAGAACUGCAGUGGGUCACGACAAGGAUGGAAAACUGAUCUUGUUUCAAAUUGAUGGACAAACAGGAAUAAGAGGCAUGAAUCUUUGGGAGUUGGCUGCAUUUCUGAAAAAGAACGGAGUGGUCAAUGCCAUUAAUUUGGAUGGAGGCGGGUCGUCCACAUACGUGGCUAAAGGCUCAUUGGCCAGCUACCCAUCUGAUCACUGCGCAGUAGACGGAAGGUGGCGCUGCAGCAGAGAAGUCUCUACCAUCCUCUGUGUUCAUGAGCGAAGAUGCCAGCCAGCUAACUGCAGUGGGCACGGUGAAUGUGUGAAUGGAAAGUGUCGGUGUCAGAAGGGCUGGCAGGGGGUCGCCUGUGACUCGCUGUUGUGUCAGCCCCCCACCUGCGGACCCCAUGGUGUCUGUGCUGAGGAUGGAUGCAUCUGCGACGCUGGAUGGAGAGGGAAGAACUGCAGUCAAGAGUGCCUCCCUGGGUUCUAUGGUGACGGCUGCAAUCAGACUUGUUCYUGUGCUAACGGCGGUUCUUGUGACCCUGUCCAUGGGCGUUGCACCUGUCCUCCUGGUUUCCAUGGUGAAACUUGCAAACAAGUAUGUCCUCUGGGUUUCUUCGGUCCAUCUUGCGCUCAGGAGUGUCGCUGUAACAACUUGUGUCCAUGUGACCCGCAGACAGGAAGCUGCAACACCACAUUGGAAGGAGAGAUAAAUUCCACCUUACACAAAGCUGGGCACUGUCUGGCCAAACAAAUAUUUACAUCGUGGAAGCACGAGGAAGAAGCUAACAGGGAGACGCCUUAUAUGACUGAGCACUCGUGGCUGACCAUCACUGCAGUCCUGGCUGCUCUUCUGAUUUUCAGCCUCGUUCAGGYGUGUCGCAGCUCAGGAGCACCCCGCUCCACUAAGCAUCAGGAUUAUUCCUACAUACCGUUAGGCGACGUCAACGGAGCGGAGUCGUGUGCCAGAGAGACKGAGACAUCUGGGACAAAGAGUUUUGUAUUGGAAGACUCUGACUCUCAGGAUGAGGUUUGUUCUCCGUCUCGGUCGGAGAGAUCAUAGCUGCGAGGAGGACCUCGGGGAGAACUGAGAACGCAGUUUUUGCACAAAGGCACUGAAACAGAAGUCAUUUUCUGCUUUAUUUAUUCUUUAAUUUUGACAAAUCUUGAUCUGAGGUUUUGCUGAAAUAAAACCUGAGAUCAGACUUCCCAGCUGCUAUUUCCAGAAGCUUUUUGCAGCUUUUUGUGCGUUUUGUUUCRAACCUUUUGUAUUUGAGGACAAAAUGGUUGAGUAAUCAAAAGCUUUAUUUUGUUAAUCUUUUGGGUCCACUCCAGUUUCAGGUAUGAUGAUGUUUCCAAACUUUUGGGCAGAUAAGCUGUGACCCCUAAUCUGUAACAGAGCCAUGUCAGUGGAUCGUCUUUUAUGUUUACUCAGCUGUUUGGGUUAAAUCACCACUAUUUACUGACCAAUGAAWACAAGAUCUCUUCAGCAACAUUCAAUGUGUUGGAAAAAUGCAGUGAUUUAAAGUGAUGAACAUGGUAAUGUUCGAUACGUAAAGUUCAUAUAACUGAAACCUUAUGGGAUAUGAUGGAUUCAUAGGUUUUGAAAAUGAAUUAAGAUUGUAAUUUAAUCAUUGCGUGACACAACAAUGGCCUUGCACAACUAUCCAGAAAAGAACCAGCAAAUUGAGAAACCGUGACUGCAGAUUCACACUCAUGAUUCAUUGUGGCUUUUUCUGUGUGAUCUGCACAAGAAUUCAAGGUGGUCAAAGUUUGUGAGUUAUUACAUAAACAUGGUCAGGUUUGUUUUAUUUUGUUUUAGGUUUUUUUCCUCACAUACGGCAUAUUUACGUGAUUCUGCACAGAAUAUAACAGCUCAUGUUGUGGUCAUGUGUUUGUCAUUGCUCAYAAAAAUCACCUCAUUUGAUAAUAAAAUGUAUUUUUCAGCUCAGGCUUCUUUAA